CUAGUCUUCCUUCCACACCGUCCACUUCGUCCACUGCGUAGUUGAGAUCUUACCGUGGGAUCUCAGGUCUCCAGCUCUUUUCUUUUCCCUCUUCUUCACUUCAUAUUGUCGCUCGCUUUUUCCUCUUUAUUCCCCAAUUCUCCACGUCAAGCGGUCCCGUGCGAAAGGCCUCCAUAUUUACCACAUUCACUCCGCUCUGCGCCAGUCUAGCCACAUCAACAGACUUGAGAUUUUGAAAGCACAGAAACCUCGGUGAUCAUGGCUCUAGGGCCAGUCCGAUAUCUCCUGUUUGCUGUCACAGGACUGGCACUUUUCUUCCUGAUAUCGAGAAGCGCAAUCCCGAUCCCGGAGCAGAUCGGAUCGAAACUCAACUAUGGAUCCUCCUCCUCAUCCUCUUCGUACUCCCAGAGCGAUGCCGCCGCCGCAUACUCAUCCAACAAGGUCAUCCCCGCGGCCGACCGCAUGAACGCAACCUUUGUCACCUUGGCCCGGAACAGCGACCUUUGGGAGAUGGUCAAGUCGAUCCGCACGGUGGAGGACCGGUUCAACCGCAACUAUCACUACGACUGGGUGUUCCUGAACGACAAGCCCUUUGACGAUGAGUUCAUCAAGAUCACCUCGGCGCUCGUCUCCGGAGAAACCCAUUAUGGCGUGAUUCCCAAGGAGCAUUGGUCAUACCCCGAAUGGAUCGAUCAGGAGAAAGCGAAGAAGGUGCGGCAGGAGAUGGGCGAGAAGAAGAUCAUCUACGGCGAUUCGGAAAGCUACCGCCACAUGUGCCGCUACGAAUCGGGCUUCUUCUUCCGCCACCCGCUGAUGCUGAACUACGAAUACUACUGGCGUGUGGAGCCCAGCAUCGAGCUCUACUGCGACGUCCCGCUGGAUCCGUUCCGUUUCAUGAAGGAGAACAACAAGAAGUACAGCUUCACGCUCAGUCUCUACGAAUACUAUGACACGAUCCCGACCCUCUGGGACACCACGCAGAAAUUCGUCGGCGAACACCCGGAACACAUCUCGAGCGACAACUCUAUGGGCUUCUUGAGUGACGAUGGCGGCAAGACCUACAACAAAUGCCACUUCUGGUCCAACUUCGAAGUCGGAAGCCUGGAAUGGCUGAGAUCGAAGGCGUACAUCGAUUACUUUGAGACCCUGGACCAUGCCGGUGGUUUCUUCUACGAGCGUUGGGGUGAUGCCCCGGUCCACUCGAUUGCCGCCGGCCUGCUUCUCGACAAGGACCAGAUUCAUUUCUUUGAUGAGAUCGGCUACUAUCACGUGCCAUUCACCCACUGUCCAACCGAGGAGAAGAAGAGACUGGACCUGAGAUGCUCCUGCAACCCUAGCGAGAACUUUGAUUGGAAGGGUUACUCUUGCACAUCUCGGUACUUCCAGAUCAACAACCUGGACAAGCCCAAGGGCUAUGAGGCCCAAACCUGACUCCGCAUGAUUGGAUUAAUUUUGAUUUCGGCAACCUUCAUCUGCGUUAUUUUAGUCCUACUCAACAGAAAAUCCCGGGUACUAGUGGUCAACAGAGCAGGUCAUCU